UGUUCGCUCCCCUUCAGUCUACUGACUGAAGUUUUACUUCAACUGUCUGUCAUCGCGGAAAAACAUCAUGGCAGAAUGCGUUCCAUCCAGAGCCACAGGAAUGGAAGGCGGAAUUGUGAUUAAAGAUGAUUGGCCCGGAUACAGUUUAGAGCUCUUCACUUAUCCAGAGCAUUACCGCGAAGAUAUAGAGAGUGUCUACAUUCCACAUGGGGUUAUCAUGGACAGGACGGAGCGCCUGGCCCGACACAUCAUGGAUGACAUUGGGGAUCAUGACAUGGUGGUGCUGUGUGUACUGAAGGGAGGGUACAAGUUCUGUUCCGACCUGGUGGAGUUCAUUAAGGUACAAUGCCGCAACUCCAACAAGCACCUGGAGACCAGAGUGGAGUUUAUUAGGCUUAAGAGCUACCUGAAUGACCAAUCAACAGAGGACCUGCACAUAAUAGGUAGUCAAGAUCUAUCUGUUCUACGAGGCAAGAAUGUCUUGAUUGUAGAGGCUAUAGUCGACACAGGAAAGACAAUGAAGGCCCUUCUGAAGCAUGUGGAGGCCUUUGAACCCAAGAUGGUAAAGGUCGCCGGUCUGCUGGUGAAAAGGGUCUCUAAUGUGGUUGGAAGCCUUCCAGACUAUGUGGGGUUUGAAAUUCCCAACCGUUUUGUCGUGGGCUAUGCUUUGGACUACAACGAGUAUUUCCGUGACCUGAAUCAUAUCUGUGUCAUAAGUGAGAUUGGAAAGGUGAAGUACAAGAUUUGAAGAGAAGUCGACACAUACAUGGGUUGUUCAGAGCUGCAGUGUUUUCAACAUGUGGCAGCAAGUGCCUUCCCUUCUCAUAUCUUCUUUCGUGCUCUGUUGAGGAUUAUUGUUGGUUUAUUCAUUUCAUAAGAAGAGACACACCUUGCAUGUGCUUUAUGCAAAAAAAUAUGAGAUCUGUGUUAAUCAUGUUACGUACAACCUUGAUUGCCAAAUUUUAAGAUAGUCACACUGAAUGUUUUUUGGAGUUUUUUUUUUUACAUAUGCUAUUGUUUUUGUAAACAUCAUAUUACAUUGUUGGCAGAAUAUGCUUUUACAUAAUAUGCAUUUAUAACUUUUUAUGUAAAAUACUAAUUUUGUCCCCAAUGAUCUAAU